AUGCUUCCUAGUCGGCAUGUUCGAGAACCGCCAUCGGAACUCGCCGGUGCGAAAUCAGGCCACGGACGGGCCACCACGAUACAACUACGGCUAAUUGUGGCUCUGGAUAGUGUUUCGUGGAGCUCUCCGCAACACGCUUUGACGCUCUGCCAUGGCACCUUCCACAACCUAGUGCAAAGCCUCAACCUCUCGUCUCCACAUCGGUGGUUGGAAUCGCCGACUUCAAACUUCACACACCUCCAGGUGGCUGAUAGUCUAGGCGUACGGGUGUGGAAUUGGGGCAAUUGGUGGCUUGAGGCGUUUGUGGACUGCCUCGUCAGCUCUCCUGAUGGCUUGCGAGGGCAAACUAGUGAUGAAUUGCCGUCCGAGGUAUGCGAAGAUUCAACGGAACUAUAA